UAUUACUCCUUUCCAGAUCCCAUUUUUCCGUUUCUCCCUGCUCGGUUUCUGCGCCAUCUUUUGUGAGGAUCGCUAGCUUCAGUACCCCAUUCUCCCGAUUUCGAGCGCAGAGGAGGAGAUCAAUACGCCGUGAAGAUGGGGAAGAAGCUCGUGAUGUUGCCGGUGGAGGAGGUCGACAUUUCCUCCGCCAAGUACCACCCACAGAGCAUCUCAGCUCCCCACUUGACGGGUCUCGCGUUGAAGCUUUUCGUGUGGCUGAUCGAGGCCCCGCUGAUUGGAUCGAUCAUCUUGUCAGUUAUGAAAAAACAGAACAAUUUCACGCAGUUAUUGAGGAACACGGUGAUUCCGGAGAAUCCCUUGUUUCGGCCGGAGUACCCACCUCAAGCACCAGAAACUGGGGUAGCUGUCUUAGAUGAAUAUGAAGAGCCUGUUCUUCGUGUUGAAAAAGCCUUAAGCUGUCUGUGCUCAUAUGAUCCUAGUCAAAGGUGUCAUGAGGACUCCCCACCAUUUUUGUAUUGGACAAUUCGUGACUUUGAAUAUGCUUAUAGAAAUAAGCUUGCAACUCCAUCAACUGUUGCCGAGCAUAUAAUUUCGAUAGUGGAAGAAUAUAACAAUAAGAAACCUCCAAUGCCGUUGUUGAUUUUGUUUAAUGCAGAGGAAGUAAGAAAGCAAGCUGCAGCCUCCACCCAAAGGUUUGAAGAAGGGAAGUCCAUAUCCAUCCUUGAUGGCAUAUUUGUUGCAAUUAAAGAUGAUAUAGACUGCUAUCCUUACCCAUCGAAGAGUGGAACAUCAUGGUUACACAAUACUAGGGAGGUGAAGAAGGAUGCAGUAUGUGUUUCACGAUUGCGUAAUUGUGGUGUCAUUUUAAUAGGAAAGGCAAAUAUGCAUGAAUUGGGUAUGGGAACGACUGGGAAUAAUCCAAUCCAUGGGACAACUAGAAAUCCACACUCAUUUGACAGGUAUACUGGAGGAUCUUCAUCUGGUCCUGCAGCACUAGUUGCAUCGGGGUUAUGUUCAGCUGCAGUGGGAACUGAUGGUGGAGGUUCGGUUAGAAUACCAUCUUCACUAUGUGGAAUUGUAGGCUUGAAGACAACAUAUGGAAGGAUUGACAUGAAAGGAUCAGUGUGUCAUUGUGGUACCGUCGAAGUAGCUUCUCCAUUAACGGCCACAGUUGAGGAUGCCAUGAUUGUGUAUGCGGCACUGGCUGGCUCAUCUCUAAAUGAUAGAAUCAGUUUAAGACCGUCACCAAUUUGUUUGCCAGAUUUAUCAACACCAAAUAGUUUACAUAUCUUAAGUUCUGUGAAGCUAGGGAAAUAUUCAGAGUGGUUUAAUGAUGUCUAUAGCACUGACAUAUCAGCUAAGUGCAACGAUGCUCUAAAUCAGCUUUCAGAAAUAUUUGGUUGCAGUAUUAUGGAGAUUGUACUCCCAGAGCAACAUGUAAUGCAAGCAGCUCAUGUUGUUUCAAUUGGUUCUGAAUCAUUGUGUGCUCUGAACCCUGAUUGUGAGGAUGGGAGGAAUACGGAACUAUCACUUGAUACACGAGUUAGCCUCGCUCUUUUCAGAUCAUUCUCUGCAGCAGAUUAUGUUGCUGCCCAGCGUUUAAGGAGAAGGAUAAUGUACUACUACAUGGAAGCUUUUAAGAAGGUCGACAUCAUUGUAACCCCAACUACAGGCAUCACUGCGCCUGAAAUAUCCUCAACCGCUCUUAAAAAUGGGGAGUCCAACAUUGAGGUCACAGGUUAUCUCAUGCGAUUUGUUCUAGUAGGGAAUCUCCUUGGACUUCCUGCUAUAUCCAUUCCUAUUGGUCAUGAUAAAGAAGGACUUCCUAUUGGCCUGCAAUUAAUUGGUCGUCCAUGGGGAGAGGCUACAAUUUUACGUGUGGCUUCAGCUGUAGAGGAAAUUUGUUAUAAUUCGAGGAAGAGACCUUCCACAUUUUAUGAUGUUUUGAAGAUGAAAUAAUUCAGCCAUUUAUGCUCUGCUCUGCGGCACUGGGGGAUCAAGUUCAUCGACUCAUCCAGUUAGUUCUUUCCUGGAUCAACAAAUAUUAUGUGUUACAUAUGAAUGCUUAUUUGCUCUAUAAAAUUGAAGGUCAAACUCUAGACUCCUUAUCUAUUUAAAUAAGUUGUCUCAAACAUUUGCCAGAGAUAAUGUAAUAAAAUCUAUCAGAUGACCUAUGAUUGACUUAUGCCUACUUAUCUCUUGUUUAACGUUA